AUGUUCUCUAUUCCAAGCAGAUUAAAGAAACCGUUACGUACAGCUUUACCGCAUGUCGGUUUAGCAACAUGCUCAAUUGUAUAUGUUUGUUUUGGUGCAUUGUUAUUCUAUCAAAUUGAACAACCCAACGAACUAAGUUCUCGACGUGCAGCAUUAGAACAUUAUGAACGUGUGAAACAGAGACUAAUUGAUAAGACAUUUAUGAAAAGUAGCGAAAAAUACGAUUUAUCAGCGUAUGUAGAUGAUUACAUUGAAGAAUUGUUGAUGCUUUUAGAGGAUCCUCAGAUGGAUGCUUUUUUUGGCACAUAUCUGGACAUGUAUAAUUCCGGCGAAAAUCAGUGGACUCCAAUGUCAUCAUUUCUGUUUGCAGCAACCACAGUAAUUCCUGUUGGGUACGGCUUCGUGACACCAACGACGAAAAUUGGUCGUCUGUUGAUCAUUAUUUAUGGAAUGUUUGGGGCACCGCUAGCACUGGUCACAGUCACCGAUAUUGGCGAAUUUAUGAGUCCACAUAUGCUAAAUUUUUUUGAGAAAAUUCCUGGGUUAGGCGCUAUGUGUUGUUUGGUACUUUUGGCUUUUUACAUUGUGAUAUGCGCUUUGUUGUUCCAUUUCACUUCCACAAUAAGUCUAUUGGACUCUAUACACUUCUCGAUAACAACCGUUUUCACGAUUGGAUAUGGUGAUACUCCGCCUCCAAUACCAAUACCCACUCUGAUUAUAUUUAUAAUACUUGGAGUCACAUUAGUAACAAUUACGGUUGAAAUCGUAGCUAGUGAAGUGAUUAAUCAGAUUCACUAUAUGGGUCGGAAAAUGGGAAAUGCAAGAAAAUUUGCUAGCAAGAUGGCGCACUUUGCCCAGCUAACUCGAGGUCGCUUCCGCCUUUCUGGCCACGGUCAAGUUGACUCCUUCUCAAAUCUUGCACUACUGAUGAGCUUGGAAAGUCAGUCGAUCUUAAUGAAACGGCCAAAAAAAAUCAAUUUGCAAAACAGAGCCUACGAGCCAUCGCAUUUACACAUCGAAUUUGUUGAUGUCACAACACCAGGUUCUUCACAGGCUUCGAUAAGUUCGCAUGAUCUAUUUCCUCCAUGUUCGGCGAAGACGCGUGAAACGCUGUCCAUUUCUUCAGUUUCGUGA